ACGGGUCAGCUAGGUAUGGAGAGCCCGAUCCUCAGGGCUCGGUGCCCGGUGCAAGAGCAGCGUGCCCGCUGGGAGCGGAAACGCUCCUGCACAGCCCGGGAGCUGCUGGAGACCGAGCGGCGCUACCAGGAACAGCUGGGGCUGGUGGCCACGUAUUUCGUGGGGAUUCUGAGAGCCAAGGGCACCCUGCGACCACCAGAGCGCCAGGCCUUGUUUGGGCCCUGGGAGCUCAUUUACAGCGCCAGCCAAAAGUUGCUUCCUUACCUGGAAGGAGGGCACUGGGGACGGGGGCUGGAGGGCUUCUGUCCCCACCUGGAGCUGUACACCCAGUUUGCUGAGAAUGCAGAGAGGUCCCGGACAACCCUGCAGGAACAAUUAAAGAAAAGCAAACGUUUCCGGAGAUUUGUAAGGCUCCAGGAAGGCCGCCCUGAAUUUGGGGGCCUUCAGCUCCAGGACCUGCUCCCGCUGCCUCUGCAGAGGCUCCAGCAGUAUGAAAAUCUUGUUGUUGCUUUGGCUGAAAACACAAGUCCCAACAGCCCUGACCACCAACAGCUCACACGGGCUGCUCGGCUGAUAAGUGAGACCGCCCAGAGAGUCCACGCCAUUGGUCAGAAACAGAAGAACGACCAGCACCUCCGGCGUGUCCAGGCUCUUCUCAGUGGACGCCAGGCAAAGGGGAUCACAUCAGGUCGCUGGUUCCUACGCCAGGGCUGGCUGUUGGUGGUGCCUCCCCGUGGGAAACCUCGGCCCCGAAUGUUCUUCCUCUUCUCUGAUGUGCUUCUCAUGGCCAAGCCUCGACCUGCAUUGCACCUGCUGCAGCAUGGCACCUUCACUUGCCGGGCCCUCUACCCCAUGGCCCAGUGUCAACUCCACAAGGUCUUUGGCCACUCCGGAGGCCCUUGUGGUGGACUGCUCAAUCUGUCCUUUCCCCACGAGAAGCUACUGCUUAUGUCCACAGACCAGGAGGAGCUGUUGCACUGGUCCCACAGCCUGACUCUGGCCAUCAGCAGCCAGAAGAACUAGAAGAAUCUUACAAAUUCCAGAACCCAGGAUACUUCAGGGAUCAGUCAGGAGCACAAAACUACACAAAACACAGAAC